GCCAAGGUUGGAAAUGUGCAUAAUACAAAUUCUACCAUGGGAUAUGGUAUGCUUGAAAUGCAUGAGAGUUUUAACUUUAAUGAUUUUGAAAUGCAACAGUCACAAUCACAGCAUAUUGGUGAUAAGAGUUGUCAAUUUUUUCCCCAAUCGCUUGUGUGGCCAAACAUAAGUGGAAUUCCUAAUAUCCCUGGGAUACAUCCAUAUUUUGGCCAACAAAAUAUGUUACAAGGAGGAACUUUUCCAUUUCAAACAAGUAUAACAAGUCAAAAGUUUGGUAUGCACCCUUUUCUUUCCCAUUAUAAUAUAUCUCAGGGUCAUCACUAUCAAAAGGUUGGUAUGAAUCAAAAGAAGAAAGUUGAUAACGAAUCUCAGGUUCAAGGAAGCUUUUGGAACAAAGAAAAACCAUGACAGACCUAACAAAGGAAUUCAGUUUAAUCACCAGAAUAUUGGAGGAUGCUGGGAUCUUAUUAUCAAAAUAGCAAGAGCUAGGAAAGCUAGACCAAAGAGGACCUCUUUUGCUUAUGAAGCUUCAAAUAAAGAAGGAUCAUGUUCUCAGGUUGUGCCAGCAGUGGAGCUUCUACAAUUACUGCAGCAACGCAAGAAGCUUUAGUAGUGUUUGCUGUUAAAGCAAAGAGUUUGGGAUUCUGCAGAAUUUUGAUCAUGUGUUGUAGUAAAGGUUUAGUUAGUGUUUGUAAUUUGCAGUGUAGUCCUAACUGGCAGCAAAUAACCUUGCUCUCUAACUUGGCAUUUCUGCAGCAACAGACCCUUUUUGUUCCUCGGGUCAUCUUAGGCUCAGUUUGUAACACAACCAAGUUUGCUCUUAAGUUCCCUGGUCCUUGUUGUUGGGUGCACCCAGCAUUUGUAUAGUUUGUAUUCCUU